AAGCAUGACAACAACAACAACCAUCAGAGCAGCAUGACGGCGCUGAGGAGGAUGCUCUCCGCGGGGCUUCCGCUCCUGCUGCGACGCCGCGCGCACACCUGUCUGACGUCAUGGACGACCCGCGCGCACGUCAGAGCCGCGUCUCCCUCCCAACCAAGGGCAUUCACGCUCUCCGCGUGCACGUGGAGGGACGCGGACGAUGUCAGCGGCGGCGGCGGUCUGCACGAGGAAGACGAGGAGGAGGAAGAGGACGACGAUGACGUCAUCGACGACAGCGAGGUGGAGGAGCUGUUCCGCGUGCACGCGCCCGCAGGGCCUCAGCAGCACAGAGUGUUCGUGGUUCACCCCGACGUGAAGUGGGGGAGCCGGAAGCAGCACCUGACCACAGCUGAGCUGAUGAUGGCCGAGGCUGUGGGGCUCGUGACCACCCUGGACACCUGGAGGGUGGUGGGCCAGCUGGUCCUGUCCACCAAGACACCUGAGAAGAAGAAGAUAUUCGGCAAAGGAAACUUCCAGACCCUGACAGAUAAAAUCCGACAGACAGCCGGAGUCACUGCUGUGUUUGUGAAUGUGGAGCGCCUGUCUGCUUCAGCCGAGAGGGAGUUUGAGGAGGCCUGGGGGGUCAAGGUCUUCGACAGGUACUCGGUGGUCCUCCACAUCUUCCGCUGCAACGCCAGGACCAGAGAGGCCAAGCUGCAGAUCUCUCUGGCCGAGAUCCCGUUGUUACGAUCUCGUCUGAGAAAUGAACUGGCGGACUUGGAUCAGCAGGGCGGGGGGGCGAGGUACAUCGGAGGCUCAGGCGAGACGCUGACGGAGGUCCAGCAGCGCCUGCUGAGGGAGCGCGAGAUGAAGAUCCGCUCGGCGCUGGAGAAGCUGCGCAGGAAGCGGCGCCUGCUGCGGUCGGAGCGGCGCCACAAGGAGUUCCCCACCGUGUCCGUGUUGGGCUACACGAACUGUGGCAAAACGACGCUGAUCAAAGCGCUGACGGGCGACGCCGGCCUCCAGCCCAGGAACCAGCUGUUCGCCACGCUGGACGUCACCGUGCACGCCGGCCGGCUGCCCGGUCACAUGACCGUGCUGUUCGUGGACACCAUCGGCUUCCUGUCCCAGCUGCCCCACCAGCUCAUCGACUCCUUCUCCGCCACGCUGGAGGACAUCAAACACUCGGACCUGCUGGUCCACGUCAGAGACAUCAGUCACCCGGAGACCGUGAACCAGAAGGUGAACGUGCUGAAAGUCCUGAACGACAUGCAGAUCCCCGACCGGCUGAUGAGCUCCAUGAUAGAAGUCCACAAUAAAACCGACCUCGUCGACAACUAUCGGCCCACGCAGCCCGGCGCUCUGCCCGUCUCGGCCCUGCAGCAGCGCGGCCUGGACGGCCUGAUGGCGGCGGUGGAGGACGAGAUCCUAAAGUCGACGGGGAAGCGCUCGAUGGACCUCAGCGUCGACCUCCGCUCUCCUCGGUUAAGCUGGCUCUACAAGGAGGCCGCCGUUCAGCACGUGCAGGUGAACGCCGACGAGGGGUCGGCCGUGGUCAAGGUCAUCAUCAGCGCCGCCGCGUACGGACGCUACAGGAAGCUGUUCACGGGGAGAUGACGGAGAAGAAGGGCGGGGAGGCCUUCACAGGCUUCAUCGGCUCAUUCACGCUACACAACAACAACAACAACAACACCAGCUGAUCCCUACUGAGCAUGUGCAGCUCUCACCAGCUCACUCUUUCAUCGUCAGUAGCUUCUUUCUCGUCUGUGGAGAGAGCUGCACAUGCUCAGUAGCCGUCAGACGGGCGUUAGCGGCGAGAGUAACGUUAGCCGGAGCGAGCUAAACCUUAGCAACGUGCUAGGGCUCAGAUGUCUUUAGUCAAUUGUGCUUUUUUUAUAUGCUGAAUAAAUUAUUUCCAAGAAACUU